CCCGACUUCAUAGCGGCCCGAUAACUCGCACAAACACCACCACCAUCCACCAGGAACCACCGGAACCGAGCGAUUGGCGCAAUUGAGCGAACCGCCGGCCACCAUGUCAGAGACGUCACUUCCCCCUAGGCGCCCCAGCGCCGUCUCGCGCCCCGUCAGCGAGGCGCUUCUCAACGAGAAGUGGGACCACUGCCUAUCGAACCUCCUAAUCAAGUCGACCCUCGGCCUCGGCUUCGGCGUGGUGUUCUCGGUGCUCCUGUUCAAGCGCAGGGCAUGGCCUGCGUUCGUCGGCACGGGCUUCGGCGCCGGCCGGGCCUACGAGGAGUGCAAUUACAACCUGAAGCAGGCGUCCAGGGAGAUCCGCAAGCAGGCGUAACGAGCUCGAGCCCCGUCUCUGAUUCGAGGGGUGGCGGAUUGGCGAUGCGCCACCUGUAUACCUGUAUAGCCGGGCGUUUGGGGCAGAGCAAGCGAUGAGAGGCACGGUUGUAUGUCCGCCGCCGCCACUGAGCGGACCGCCGGGCUAGGCUAGGGCGCUGGUGGAAGGAUGGAUGGAUGAAUGGCGCCUACGUUACCCCCUUCCAGGUUACAUUCUCUUAGCUGCUCACUCAAUGGCCGGAGAAUGGGCGGCAUUGCCCCCUCCUUGGCUUUUAUUACGAUAGAUUUGUGACGAUAGACCAAAAGCAUCAUCAACUAUCUUUCUGAAUGUCCCCC